AUUGCUGUUAUAGGGCCCAGAAAAUGGAUAUGGAAUGCUUCAGGAUAAAUUUUAAACAAAUCGUGGCCACAUCAUUUGAGCACCGAGGACGACAAGAUUUCGCUGUUGCGUUUAAAAGUGAGAGUCAAAGGAUAUCGCCUCAAUUCUCAGAAACAUUCAGAGCAAGAGCAAUCAUAGUCACAUCAACUACAUUAUUAUCAAUCAGGAUUUCGCUAUCACGCGGAUAAGUUCUACACUGCAUGAUGAAUUCACUUGAGAGUUAUAACCACGACCAGCUAUUAAAGUUUUUCGAAGAGGAACCAGCAUUGGAUUGGAAAUUAGAAAGGUUCUUUCACUAGCUGGUUGAUAACAGCGAGUUGUUUUAUAGUUUGGUGGCUUGCUGGUUUGUCCGGGCAGCUUCAUUGGUUAAUGUAAUUCACAGAAAAUAAAGCUUGUGGAAGAUGGAGAUGGAUCUAAAUCUUUUCCCCUGGCGUUUUGUGAGCUUUGUGGGUUUCAUAUUGAUGGCUAUAUUGGUGAAUAUUCUGGUAAAAAUAUGGUGGACGCCUCUUUGCACACAGAAGUUUCUUCGAAAUCAAGGCAUUGAUGGACCUCCAUACAAACUGUUAUAUGGAAGCACCCAAGAAUUACUCGAAACCAAGAAGCGUGCCAAAUCGACAUCCAUGGAGUUCAUGCCCCACGAUAUUGUACAUCAAAUUGUUCCACAUAUUCAUGUUUGGGCGCAACUAUAUGGCAGGAUAUUUGUGUAUUGGUUGGGCACCCAGGCAAGGAUUGUGCUUCAUGACCCGGAGAUGAUGAAGCAGAUUCUGUCCAACAAGUUUGGGCACUAUGAAAAGCCUGAUCCCAACUUUCAAUUGAAGCGCCUAUUUGGUUUAUAUGGCCUUGCAAGCUCCAGUGGAGAGAAAUGGGCUCAUCAAAGAAGGCUUCUCAAUCCUGCUUUUCAUUUAGACAGUUUGAAGUCGAUGGUUCCAGUAAUGGCAUCUAGCACCGGCAGGAUGCUGGAAAAAUGGGAAAAUGCAAUCGCUGAUGGUGUGAAAGAGAUUGAGGUCUCAAAUGAUUUUCGAUGCCUUACUGCAGAUGUGAUAGCCCGGACAGCUUUUGGCACUAGUUUUGAGCAAGGAAAACAUAUAUUUCACAUGCUAGCUGAACUAACCAUUCUGGCUGGAAAAAGUUUUGGGAAGAUGUCCUUCCUAGGCUCCAGGUUCCUGCCCACUCCAAGUAAUUUAAGAUCUAAGAAGUUAGACAUGGCUAUUCAAAAAUCACUGAGAGAGUUGAUCCUGAACCGCAAAAAGAAUGUAGAGAUGGGGAAAAAUGAUAGCUAUGGCAUGGAUCUUUUGGGCCUGAUGAUGAAUGCCUAUAAGGAUGAAGUGAAGGGAAAAAGCAAUUUUGUGAGCUUAUCUCUUCAGCACAUGGUUGAUGAGUGCAAGACUUUCUUUACAGCGGGGAGUGAGACUACUGCCACUUUACUCACAUGGACACUCAUUCUGCUUGGAAUGCAUACUGACUGGCAGGAUGCAGCUAGGGAAGAAGUGCUUCAUACCUUUAAAAGAGAUACUCCAAAUUUCGAUUCCAUGGCUCGCCUCAAACUGGUGAACAUGAUUUUAUUUGAGGUGUUGAGGCUGUAUCCUCCAAUAGUAGGUUUAUCAAGGAGGACUUGCAAAAAGAUGCAGCUAGGAAGCUUAACUGUUCCAGCGGGUGUGGAGCUUGUGCUACCCACGAUUACAGUGAACCAUGAUGAAGAGUUGUGGGGGAAAGAUGCCAAGGAGUUCAAUCCUCACAGGUUUAGUCAAGGGAUUUCUAAGGCGUCUACCCAUCCUGCUGCAUUUACAACUUUUGGGUUUGGACCCAGAACUUGUAUAGGCCAGAAUUUUGCUCUUAUUGAAGCCAAGGUGAUGCUCACAAUGAUCUUGCAACGUUUCUCUUUCUCUGUUUCGCCUACCUACAUCCAUAGCCCUGCAUUGAUUUUCACUGUUCUCCCCCUACAUGGAGCUCAAAUCAUUUUUCAACAGCUACCAAAUUAGAGCUUUUCUCUUCCAUUACAUGCAUAAUUGUGGUUCAAUACAUUAUCUACGGGCACUUCAACUUUCCUCUGGAGUAAAAUUCCAAAGAAAUGUACAUAUGGUGAUAAGACAUAAGUCAUGGCAUAACACAGAACUAUUUCAUUUAGGUACACCCUAUUCUUUUAGGGGUUGAUGCUUUCAUCAUGAAUAUAAAGUAAUACACUAGAAAAUCUACAGAAACUAUCUUUUUUUUUUAAAAUAGGAAGAAAAACAUUUACAUUUUAUUAUACCAAUAUGAUGCUGUCAUGUUUCAAGUUCCGAUUUAUA